AUGAUGAAGUCGUCUCCUGUAAUUCUCGCUCUUUUGCUGGGAGCCGUUGUUGCCGUCCCAUCUUGGCUCAAUGUUGCUUCGGUAGCAGGUGUCGCUGAGGAUUCUUGCGAGGCGUACCGCGACGCAGCUGCGUCUGGCAAAGACCAAAAAUUCACCGACAUGGCGGCGCGUCUCGCCAAGAUGGCUUGCGAGGAAGACGGGACAACAAAGCCGAAAUAUGAAGAACUGAACAGCUGCCUGCGGCCCAAAAUGGCCGACACGGCCUUGGCAGCGAGCUGCGUGCCCGGGACCGCGGGAGAAACCGACAUUUGCAGGAAAGUGAUCGCGGUCACGAAGUGCCUUCUCGAGACGGCCGCAUCCGCUUGUGGAACUGCCGACGACCUCAUCUAUGUCGCUCUCCGCGACCACUACGCCAGCUACGAAGCGGAAAUGCCGGCACCAAUUGAGAGGUGCCGUGAGCAGCUCUUUGAAAUGCACGAAGAACUCCACCAC